UCAGUUAACUGGAGUCUGACACUGAACCGCCUUUUUUUUGUCCAAACCCGCGAAAUCGGAGGGCUCCGAACCGUCGUCUGAUCAUCCAAACGACGUCGUCGUACCUAAAGCCCAAACCCCUAAUUUUUCGAAUUCGUUCUCGCAGUUAAGCUACGGAGCAUUUCAAUUCGCCAAUACAUUUUCCUUGUCUCUGUUUGUUUGCCGAGAAAGUGCGGGAAAAUUGAACAAGGUAACAAUUUUUCGUUUUCUGUUAGUUAAAUGAUUGGAAAUUGUCGUCGUUGUAGGUCUCGAUGAGGGGCGUAAAGCCGUUGCCGGAGGCGGUGCGUAGCUCGAUGCGCUCUGGAGUUGUUCUGCUCGAGCUGACUAGCUUUGUGGAGGAGCUGAUUUUUAAUAGCUUGUAUGCCGGCGCAACGAAGGUAUCGGUUUUCGUAGGUGUUGGGACAUGCUAUGUAAAAGUAGCGGAUGAUGGGAUGCAAAUGUUUGUAUCUUGGAAUGGAUGAUAACAGGAAGGAUGUGGGUACUACAGUUGUUGUUCGUGAUCUGUUCUACAAUCAACCAGUUCGGAGGAAGUACAUGCAAUCCAGCCCCAAGAAAGUAUUGCACUCUGUCAAUAAAUGUGUACAUCGGAUCGCCCUUGUGCACUCAAAUGUUUCCUUCAAAGUUGUAGACAUUGAAAGUGAGGAUGAGCUUCUUCGUACAACUCCUUCUCCCUCUCCCUUGAUACUAUUGAAAAGGACUUUUGGGACUGAGAUCUCCAAUGCUCUUCAUGAAUUGAACAUAAGUGAUGGCAGAUUAGAGCUUUCUGGAUACAUAUCUACUCCUUGCAAUAACCUUGCUGAUAAGGCCUUCUAGUAUGUCUAUAUUAACUCACGGUUCGUUUGCAAAGGGCCAAUUCAUAAAUUGCUUAAUCAGCUGGCCAAUAGUUUUGAAUUCUGGGAUCCAGGGAAGGCUAUUGAUGGGUCUAAAAAUAGGAAGCAAAGUAGGCCUAAGGCAUUCACAGCUUAUGUUUUGAAUUUAAGCUGUCCCCGAACAUUCUAUGAUUUAACCUUUGAAUCAUCAAAGACAUAUGUGGAGUUUAAGGAUUGGGUUCUGUACUCACCUUUAUUGAUAAUGCCAUUAAGAACUUCUGGACGAAAAAAUGCCGAUAUUUCUAGGGAAUCUGGUUGUCAUGGAGCUGAUAUUUUAGAAGAAAAUCAAAUGCGGAAGAAAGGUGGCAACAUUAAAUCUGCAGAUGAAAAUUUACUUGAUGGAGAUUUGUCAGAACUCUCUAAGUUCGGGAAAAGAAAGAGCAGGAAAAGUUGUCAGGCUUCUCCCGACCUUAUGGAUAUGUUAAUUCAAGAAGACAACCAUACAUCUCAGAAGAGAUACGUCAGAAAGCCAUUUGAAUAUACUGAAGCCUUCAAUUUCCAAGGGCAAUAUAUUGGGAUUGAAUUUAGUUCUCAUACUGCAUAUUCUUUUCAAUCACGGGAUGAUACUCUAGACAAAUGCGUGGUAACAACAACUCAAAAGAAGGAAGACCAUUUUUGGAAGUCAGAUAUCAAACGUUUCUCUGGUGAAGAUUAUAUCCUUGAGAAUAGAUCCCGUGGUGGAGAAAGAUCCAGUAAUGUGGAGGACAAUAUCUUUAGCUCAGAAUGGCAAGAUGAACCCUUUAAAGUUGAUUCCAGUGUUGGCAUUGAUUCAGCAACUAGUAGAGUAUCUUAUGAUCAUCAUGAAUUUGAUAGCGAUGUAGAGUAUUUAGUACAGCCGUUCCUCAAGAAUUGUUCCUCAAAAGAAAGGUUUCUAUGUGAGAGGGAUUUGUGUGUGGAUGAUGGGUCCAGAUAUCAAAAUGAUGGCUUCGGGAACAAGAGAAGGCGGGGCGGAUCUUAUAACUGUGUACGAAUUCCAGAAAUUGAUGGCAGCAAGGGUUUUGAUUUCUUUUCAAGGACUUUGUGGCCAGAAAAGGAAUCUACUGCUCGGCCCUUGACCAGAGUUGUAACAAAAUUUGACCUGCCUACAGAGUUCAAUUCUUCGUCAAGACCUUUAAUAAAGUCGCUCCCACACUAUGAGGAGCUGUUUUAUGAAGAAGGUUCAGUUAUUGAUGUAGAGAACCUUGGAAGAUUGAGAAGAAGCCAUUCUACUCCACCAUUUUAUAGAAGCCAGAGGAGGUACUUUACAUUAAGUCAUCCUUUGACAACAACAGCCAGCAAACCUGAUGCACAAACCUUUCGUGAUGCACCUACUUAUCCAGAAGUUAGCAAGAUGAAGGAUCUCCAUCAACCUUCUGGUGGUUACCAUCUAAAUUUGAAGCCAAGUUCUGUUGAGGAUUUCCCACUAGACACCAGGGCAGAUAUUGAGAAAUCUCAAGAUAUAGAGGCUGGUGUAAACAAGAGUCACGAAGUUGAAAUGUUUGAACAGUCCACAUGUUCUGAGAUUCAAGCUACUGCUCCAAUUAAAGGUAUCUUAACUCAAGUAAAACACAAGCUCUUCAUGAUCAAAACAUACUCAAUCUCUUCUGGAUUCUUGCUUCUCUCAGCUGACUCGUUAGUUCCUCAAUCUAUCAACAAGAACUGCCUCAGUGAUUGCGGAGUUCUUCGGCAGGUGGAUAAGAAAUAUAUUGCAGUUAUGGCCGGUACUACACUUGCUGUUAUUGACCAGCAUACUGCAGAUGAAAGGAUUCGGCUGGAGGAGUUGCAUCAGAAGGUGUUAUCUGGAGAAGGAGAAGCAAAGGCAAUUACUUUUCUGGAUGUUGAACAAGAGUUGGUGCUGCCAGAGAUUGGCUACCAGUUACUGCAUAACUAUGCUAAACCAGUUGAAGGGUGGGGUUGGCUCUGCAACACACUUGCUGAAGGUUCAGGGUCCUUCAAGAGGCAUUUGAAUCUCCUCCACAGGCAGCCAACAGCUGCCACACUUAUUAGGGUGCCCUGCAUCCUAGGUGUCAAUUUAUCUGACUCGGAUGUUAUGGAAUUUCUUCAGCAGCUUGCUGGUGCAGAUGGAUCAUCCACAACGCCGCCAUCAGUUCUUUGAAUCCUAAAUUCUAAAGCAUGCAGAGGUGCAAUUAUGUUUGGGGAUUCCUUGCUUCCUUCCGAGUGUAACCUCAUCGUUGAAGAGCUAAAGCAGACUUCUCUAUGUUUCCAAUGUGCUCAUGGUCGACCAACAACUGCCCCACUUGUCAACUUGGAGGCGUUGCAUAAGCAAAUAGCUAAGAUUGCAUCGUUGAAUGUUGACGCAGAUCAUUUGUGGCAUGGUUUAUGUCGAGAUGAACUUAGUCUUGAACGUGCAGAAAGACGAUUAAACUUGGCUAGCAGGUAGAGUGAUGUCGAUCCAAUUUUGGUCCAGAGUCAUACUGCCCGGUCCCGCCUGUUCGGAAUUGACACAUUCAAGCUGUAAAUUUGUUCGCAUUCUAUACCUAGUGUAAGCAUGCUCAAAAAUUGAAGCCCCAUUAAAGAAAAACAAUGAUCGAGCUUUUUCAUCAGAAGAAUGAUGAUUCUGUUGUGUGAGCGCUUGAUUGAUCAUGUAAUUUGCUUUCUUCACAUAAUAUCAAUUAAUUUUUAAUUUUCGUUUAAUCA